AUGGACGACGACGCCGUUGUCAUUUCUAAACAUGAUUUCAAACAACGCUUAUUGCAAGCAAAACUCAAAGCAGCUGAGAAAAGGGCAGCGGAAGUUGCUGCAAGACAAGCAGAACAACAAGCCGCCACCAGACCACUGACACCAGAGAUUCCAUCACCAACUGUCGCACCAUCCUUUAUCAGAAACUUUACACAAUCCAGUUCCAAUUAUGCAUCAAAAUCAAGUCCUUUCCUCCGCUCGCCGACCACGAAACAUGAACGUGUUAAGCGGGCGAAUUCGCUCGAGGCACUAUCGAAAAAGAUCGAUAGAGCGGGGAAUUUCAAGCUUCAGGAAUUGAUCACGAAAAUGAUAAUGAAAUGUUCAGGAGCAAAGGAACUCGCGGAAUCAUAUUUUAUGAUCAAUGACGUUCAAAGCGACAAUGAAGGCCUCGAUGAUAGGGAGAAAUACCACGCCGCAAGACAUGAGAAUGGAGAGGGACAAAGUGUUGAUCACGUGAUGGCUCCCCGAUUCAACAGAAAUCGAUUACAUCCAUUAGGGAGUCAACAAUGUUGCCAAAAUUGGACGAAUAUAUCAAAUCGACAGAUUAAUGAAAUGGACGGAAGGGAAAAAGACGAUCCAUCAGCGUUACACCCAGCCAUUCGCCCAGAGAACAGCUCGAUAUUUCAAAACAAUAAUGAGGCUCCUGAGCAGCCGGAUACCCAGCAACAGAGUAUUAAGUCAGUAUUUUUGGAAAUGGAAGAAUCAACAAGUAUUCAAGCUCCAGCCAACAAUGACGCAAAUCUACAAAAAGACAACAGAGCAACCGUUCAAAAGGGGUCGGAAACAUCGGCAUUGGCAUGCAGGAUGACCGAAGGGGCAUUGGAUACUCCGAUGAAUAACGCACCGAUAACAAAGAUAUCCGGUUCGGACAUUUCAAAUGCAUUCGAUACUCUCCUUAAUGGUAUAGCCAAAUCUCGUGAAACAAACUACCAUAGUACUCCCUUCAGUGCAACCCCCCGGAUCGGAACUCCUGAAGCGAACAAGAACAAGGCAACUCCCGCGGGUAAUCUACAUACCAGCGAUAUAUUACUAUUGGCCAAUGAUAUCUCAGCUAAAUAUCUCGCUCUGGCUCGCGCUUUCGGUCCUGUUAAAUUUCCAUACAAUCAAUCGGCAAAUAUCGGAGCUGGAUCUCCGCUCAAUGAUUUCACCAGAGACUUCUCAUUUGAAGCAUUCAACACUCUUGUUGAUAGUAUUCGGAAAAACAUUGAAUUGAUGCAGAAAGCUAACAAAGCUAAUGCGGUACCAGAAAGUAUAAGGAAUAAUUUUGUCCUGGAUGAUACUAGUGAUUUAGGCAGCCCUAUUCCUAUUGAUACAGACGGCCGAGAAUUAGCAAGAAACUCUAUCUCUAGAGAUAACACAAAUCCCGACUUUGUAGAGAUUAGAGACACAGUCAACGCAGAGCCCACAAGCAGCGAGGAAGAUGAAUAUGCCGACGUUGCAAACAUCCCAAGCAGUCAUUAUAACUGCGAUGGCUGUCGAAAACCAAUUGUAUUACCCGAAGGAUUUUUUGUGAGUCUGGAAAAUCCGGCACCCACCACAUGUCUUCAUUGCCAAACUCGAAAGGCUUCAGGAAUCACUCGUAGGAAAUUUGGAGCAAGAGCUCGACCGGAUCUCGAUAACGAUUUGUCUACAAGUACGACGGACAAUCAAUUUCCGCCUAGUCAAGUAGGCCACGAUGGUACGGAAGAUUCCCAGACUCCGGGUCAAACUCUGGGCACUGCUCUUGACCGAUUGGAGUCACCCUCACUCUCAGUCUCAGAACCAUUCCCAAACCCACAUCCAGGACCUGUUCCAGGAUUUCUCGAACAAUUUUCGACUCCAGUACAAGCUGAGGUAAGAAACUUCGGUGAGACAUCGCCGAAUUGUCGACUUUGCCAGGGAGGCAACGUCAAAGAAGAGCAUGUUAACGAUACUAUUGUUGUCGAAAUUCCAGCAUGGCAUCAUCAUGCAAGCCCAUGGCUUUCUACCACACAAACUCCAACCGAUAGACAAUUACUACCCAGCCUAGGAAAACGCAAAGUAGAGAAGAUAGAAGGCGAAGUUAUUUACCCUUACCCUAUAGGCCCAAAACGAAGACGUGGAAGACCCUCGAAGAAUUUUCCUGCCAUCCUUAUCGACUCUUCGCCAACAAGCUCUCCAUCAGCUUCAACACCAGUUCCAAAUUUGAAUUCACAGGAAACUCCUACUGUCAAGAAAAGAGGUCGUCCAUUGGGAAGUAUGAACAAGUUCAAGUCGGAGGAGACUUUGCAGUCAAACAGGCCGACAAGCAAGCGUCGAUCUGCUAGGAAGUCUCGUGAGAUAACUCAAAAUCUAUUGACCAUAUCGUCAGAAUAUAUGCAAGAUUUGACCUAUGUGUCUGAUUCACCAAUUCAAACGCCAAUUCUUCCUCGUUCAGACAGUAGAUCUAUAAUUCCAGACUCCCAGCCAAGUUAUAAUUGGAGUCUUCCAGCAAUUGAUUUAACGACUCAACAAGAUUCUGAUACCGAAUAUACAUCAUCCCAAGGAUCUGAAUAUCGAGGUGGCAACGACCCAAUCACUGGAACAUUGUCAUAUGGUGUUCCAGCGUCUUCUUCCUUCCAAAGCACAGUGCCAGCUAGAAUGGAUACCCACGGAUCGGCUACUGCAAUCACUGAUGGUAGAGAAAGACAGACACCGGGGACUCGCACUGUAAGUUCUAGUGUGAAUAAGCAGUUACUACAGUCCAUAGAGGAACAAGAAAAUAGAAUUGCCAAUGAGCGUGCAUUCAUGACGAUUAUCGGUAAAGAAAGCGGCAACGUCAAUGAUAGGUUAACGGAAUCUUUAAGGGAAAUAGAUCGCGGAUUUGGAAGAGAAAGCGGGUCUAUUAUCGAGUCUAUGACUGAUAAAAGUCGAAGAAGCUCCGGGAAGGAGAGUGAUACAAUGAGAGUUUCCUAUACGUCAGGAAACAAUUCGGAUGUAUCUGGUAGGAGACCAAAUAAGGACGGCGAUUCAGUAACACAUGGAAGAUCCGAUCAAACAGAACCAGAUUCUAGAGAUUCCUCAUCUUUCACUACCAACGUGCUGUUCUCCAAUUUCUCAGCUACCGCCCAUCUCAUCGCAGCCAGGGAGAAAGAAGGACAGGGAGGAUCCGAUCAAUUAUCACGCAUACCCACCACUACAGCCCCACUAGUCCCCAUCCGAUCUCAACCAAAAACAUCACAACCUUUCAACCCCACAACAUUCUUCGCACGUUCUUUCGGUCCGGGUGCACCGAUACCAAAUCCUUUGCCUCGUCCAUCUCGCCAUCGUCGUUCUUUCCAAGGUGUCAAAUAUACAAGAUCCUUUCCUCGUCCCUUAGUUCCAAAUAUAUCAAUACCGUAUCCGUUACCUCCCCAACCCCCUUAUCUCCAUGGUCAUCGUCAUCAUCAACAUUCCUCACAAGCAUCUGAAUGCUCAGCUCAUCAUACAAAUCUUGGAUCUGGGUUUGGUCAAGGAGUCGUCAGCAAUCGGGUAAGGGGUAUGGAGGAGAGAUGGAGGAGAGAUAGUGGAGUGGACUAG